CGCCGCGAGCCUGCAAGCGUGCUCUCCGGGGAAGACGACGUUCUGCUGCACGCGAGAGGGGACCGAGGAACCGCCGCGCAGGGAGCCCGGGAGGAAGCCACGACGGCGGCCGACCGAGGCCCUCGCCGUGGGAAGCGACUGGAGGGCCAUGGAUAGCGGCGGCGGCUACCCCGUCGAUCCGGCCCAGCAGCAGCUGCAGGUGCCGGGCGCCGCCGUGGCGCCAGCCACCACCGUACCACCGCCGGUGGUGGUGCCUCCGCCACCCGUGGUGGUGGUGUCGGCGGCCAGCGGGAAGCCGCCGGCUCCCGCGCCGCCCGUCAUGAUGGCACCGGCACCGCCGCCGCCGCCCGUGGUGCCCGUCCACCACCCGGCCAUGGGACCGCACCUGGUGCAGGACCAGGCGCGAUAUUCGAACCCGCCGGGACACCGCUGGAUGUCGCAGACCACGUCGGCCGCCACCGUGUCGGAAGGGCUGGACAUCUGUGCCUACAUACUCACAACAAUCUCGAUACUCAUCAUCAUCGCCACGUUUCCUGUAUCACUCAUUUUUUGUAUCAAGGUAGUUCAAGAAUACGAGCGAGCAGUAAUCUUCCGCCUCGGUCGAUUGCUUCGCGGAGGAGCCAAAGGCCCAGGUAUCUUUUUCAUCAUACCCUGUAUCGACACCUACUGCAAGGUGGACUUGAGGACAGUAUCAUUCGAUGUUCCUCCACAGGAGGGCCAGGCAGACGCCUUCCGGUCGGAGGCGACUCCGGCGUACCUGUCCGCCUACGUGCCGAGCAAGACGAAGCCCCCGCCGCCGCUCGCGGAGGACGUGUUCUACGGGACGCCGCCGCUCAAAUACACCUACGCUUGGAUUCUAUCCAAGGACUCGGUGACAGUGGCGGUGGAUGCCGUGGUGUACUACCGCAUCAGUAACGCCACCAUUGCCGUUUCCAACGUGGAGGACUACGGACAUUCGACCCGACUCCUUGCUGCGACCACGCUCCGGAACGUGCUCGGCACCAAGAACCUCUCGGAGAUCCUCUCCGAGAGGGAGUCCAUUUCUCACGUUAUGCAGGCAAGCUUAGACGAAGCUACUGACCCCUGGGGUGUGAAAGUGGAAAGAGUUGAAAUAAAAGACGUACGACUGCCAGUGCAACUACAGAGAGCUAUGGCCGCUGAAGCAGAAGCAGCACGGGAAGCUCGAGCCAAAGUUAUUGCGGCCGAGGGAGAACAGCGAGCCUCACGGUCCCUGAAAGAAGCCGCCGAGGUGAUAGCGGACACGCCGUCAGCUCUCCAGCUGCGGUACCUACAGACUUUGGCCUCCAUCGCAGCGGAGAAGAAUUCCACCAUCGUGUUCCCCAUCCCCAUGGAGCUCUUUUCGGGCUUCAUCAGCAGCGCGAGCAGUCACGGCAGCGGAGGUGGUGGCGGAGGGGGUGACGUCAAGAAAGACGUCGAGGCUUCCGCGUAGCAGAGGGCCCGCCAGUCCCGUUCCAACAGCCUGUUCUGGUACGGGACGGGCCAGAGGCGGCUCUCGCUUAUCCUGCCUCCACAGCUGCGCCUGGGCGUACCCGGAAAAUAAGAUCGUGUCCGGGUCCGUAGCCUCGUGCCCGUAGUGCGUGCAACAUCGUGGCUGAACGACACAGGAGAGGUCGAAAGAGCCGUUGAGCAGGGGCGGCAUACGUCCCACCUUCACUUCAGGGGGAAACGGUGUGUGAACUGCGUUAGGGGCAGGAAGAGAGCAGUCCGGGCUCUUCUACCUGCACUGCCGCCCCCGCGAUAGGAAAGCGCCUCUUUCUCUCCCUGCAAAAGAGUGUGUGUAGCGUCCUUUGAAGCGUCCUGGAAAGAAAAAGAUGUCUUUUGUUUAUUUUACCGUGACGUGUGAAGACAGGUUAGUAGUUGAUAUGGUUGCUAUGGCCGCGUCUCUUGCGAGCUGUGCGUGCAGAAAGGCCCGACGUGUAGGCACUGCCGGCCUUUCUGCGUGAACACGUUUUUCGCUGUGUGAUCAUCUCGUUCGUUGUGAUCGUGCGGUCAAGCUCCGGUGCUGCACUGAAUGCUUCCGAAAAGCAGCCCAAUGUUCUACAUGUUGGGUGAUGCCGGCCUUCGUGUUACCCCAGCCAUACUAGUGACUCACAAUAACGUGCACAAUGUGGAGUUUGCUGACGUACGCCAUAGCUGAAAGUUAUCACUGUAUAAACUAGUUCACACAUUUAUUUUUCCUGCAGCUUGGCACCUUAGGUCGUCCUUUGGAUGUGCACACCCCGAAUACCCAUGGUUCCAAAUGGGCACUCGUUGGGUACACUUCCAUAGCUGCUGUUCUUUGAGAGAAUUGAGGGCGCUUCGAAGGACGGACAGUUAUGAAACCUAUCCGUUUCUUACAAGUGUCCACUGACGGCACUUAAGACCCACUUGCGAGGCGGGAGGAUGCAAGGACGUAGAACCUUACGGCGACGUAGCUUGCUGUGAACCCGUCUUAAUGGGUGAGUCGUCUCCACACUCUGAAGAAGCCACACACGCCAACAAAGGCAGAAUCCACGAUGAGGCACAGGCCAAACACAGGACAGCGGUACGCGUAACACAGAGGCGAACAGAGCAGGCACAUGAACACUCUGAGACCAACGCUAAGCAGGAAUGGACAUGCGUCCACUGCAAGGCAGGUUACGUCGGUAAUAAAACCGAGGUAAAAAUAAUUAUAUAUAUCUAUAUAUUGUACGUUUGGUGAGUUGAGCACGCAAUUCUAGCAGUAUUGCCUUACUUCAUUUACGAAUUGAUUUAAUUUACGAUGUGUCGCUUAACGUGCUCCAUUUGGCUCAGAAGGUGAAGGAAACAACUGAAGGCGUACUGCUUCACAAUAUACUUUUCAGAGACGUGAGUUUCUGAUAAGCUUAGGUUACACCUUGUUGCACGAUAUGUUUGUUGUGAACGUCUUCUAUUUAUUUGUCUACAGCAAGGCGCACUUUCAAUAGGCAUAUCGAAAAGUAGGUACCCUGUAAUGGGCCACCUAAAUGCGAGGCUACCUAAAGCGUUACCAAACUUCACCGUGGCAACGUAUUCAGCCAGAAAUUCAAGUCUGCUGCUUUAGACAAAGCAUUCAUUAGUGCAUUUAAUUAACGGCAUGCUUGAGCGACUACAGUGACGCUACGAGAUUGUCAAACUUGCUUUAUUAGCUAAAUAAUGCAAAAUACGAUCGUGCGCCGUGCCUGCGUGUGCGCCUGGAAUUGCGUACGACGCAGGCAUGUUGUCUUUUCUCAAUGUGAAGCGACAUUACUUUUGUUGGAAGAAAACAAGGGCAAAAUAUGUACUCCAAACGCAUAAUUCAUAACUGGUUGUGAGAAAGUGGCGACGAGAAACGUGUUGCUUUCACGCAAGCAUCUUUCGCUUCCUGUGCCCAGCAUUUUGUUUUCCCGACAAACAUUUUCGAAGGGAAAACGCGAGAGCAGCGCGUGCACCCCGCAAAGUCCAGCCAUUUACUUUGGUGUGGCGUUGUUAAUUCAAUGUCUCCUGAACGUUCGUUAACAUAAUCACUGCCUCUUUGAAACUUUUACCUUCCAUAAGACAAUGAGUCGAAUGUACACUGCAGAAAAAGAGAAAGCGAAGGUGUUUCUUAAAUUUUUCUUGUAAUGGCUAGCUUUAUUUGUACCUGUCGGAUAAGCGGAUCCUUGGCAGUCCGAUUGACAAACCCUGUAAACCUCGCGGCGCUUCUUGCGAUUGCCUACCGCGAAUGGUCAGUUAUUCCCUCUGAGGAGCAUCUCUGCUAUGCCAUCCUGCAGCAACUGGGCCACACGUUAUUCCGACGUGUUUUCGUUAUUUUACCUUCGAAUACAAUGUAACUUUUCUGUCCACGCAAGCGGGCUGAACGUUAUUGGAGCUUUAAGGCAGAAGAAAAUGAAAAAAGAAGCACUUCACAAGUGCUCUUAAUUAGAGAGUGGAUCGCCCGAAAGAACCGGGUCACCUUGACUAAUUCUUCUAGUAAGGUCAGUUGCGUGGUAUUCGUUUUCUAUCACAAGUUCAUAGCGGGUAAUUGUCGUUCCAGUAUCCCGGAACCCUUGCUCACGCCAAGGCUUCGUAUUGCGUUACAUUGCGAAUCUGUAGGGUAGUGUCUCAUCUUCUAGGCUUGUCUAGGUAGAUUCUCUAAACGCGCGAGAGAAAAGCUAACCAGUGCAUUCAAGUGCUCUCCCCAGAAAAAGAUAGUCAUGUGUCUAUUAACUUAAUAUAGCAUACAAGACAGUGCAGAAGAGCGCACCCUCCUUUUAAGCAGCAAUAACGAAUCAUCUAUCUCUGCGUACAUGGCGGCAUAUUCUGUUGAAGUUCAUAAAAAUUCAAACCAGUCACGUCGGUCGUGCAACCAAUGGGAACAUAUAUAUCGGCGCCUUAUAUAUACUAAGCUGCGACUCUCUCUCUGUUUUUUUAUUCUAUUAUUUUGAUGUUCUCAUUGCCCAGAUGGUGACCCGUGAACACUGCGCGAAGCGGUACAAUUUUGUCGGCAAACAGAGCUCUUCGCGACGUGGCGCCGCGUGUAAGUUGCGAAACGAUGGAAAGUGAAUCGGGAACAUCUCUUAUUUCACCAUUACGACAAAAUGUGCUCCGCACUAUCGAGCACUAGCAUAAAUGCUACGAUCUUUCGUGGUUAUUUUUUAAUUUUUUUUCUUCGAGGUGUAGUUACACUUCUAAGGAUUACACCACUCCUCAUAACUCCUCACUUGACCGAUAAGAUUAUAAUAAUAAGACAGACUGGCUUGUAACGAUUUUAUCGCGCUGUCUGACACCGAUGCGUGAAGGUCCUCAACAGCAUAUAUUUCGGUUCGUUCUUCACAUGAUGUUUCAUCCACGUACGAGGCAAUUCGAACGUCUGGAGCGCUUUACGUUUUGAAUCGUGUCAGGCCCUUUCUUAUACAGACUUCGCCAUUCAACCGCUCUCGACUUUGCGGGCAAACGCGCCUGAAGCCUAAUUGCCUUCGUCGAGGAACCCAAAAAGAACCACGCGACAUCAAGGUUGAUGUGCACCUCGAUAUGAGCGAGAAAUGACGAGGCACUCGUAACCAAACCUGCGAAGGCACAUUUCCGUAGCGCGGGCAACCUUUCUCCUCGCGGCACAUUACGUUCUGCUGCACUAGACUCCAGUAACUCGCACUAUACCACUUUCGUCCAUCCAAUUUCUCGUUAUCUCUUGUAUCAUAUAGGCUUUGUGAAGAGAGAUGCACCUCCAUAGUGACGCAGAGUUAAGCAUCAUAGAUAUAACUACGACAUUCAUAUGACAUACUAUAACUACGGUAUAUAAAUAUAUAUAAUAUAAAUAAUUGAGUGUUCUCUGCUGGGAAAAUAAAAGAGUGUGAAAUUACCGGCUCCGUCUAGAGGUAGCAAGGGAGUAGCCUAUGUUUCAGUUCAAACACGACACAGCUUUUUCUUUUUUUUUGGGGGGGGGGCUGUUAGGAAAAAAAAAAAGGUGGGCUUGCGUUUGUGUUGAUUAACUAUGGAGUAAUUUCGGGACGCUUAACUACGAUUUUGAGUGUACAUAUACCCUGCGCUUGAGAUGUACAUAAUGGUUCAAGAGAAGCAGACAUUCACUCCUGUUGCGCUUUUUUGCUCAUGUUCUUUGUUUUUUUAUUUUUUUCCUGUCCACACAACUCCUGUGUGCAUGUGAAUACGAGGAAGCUUAUACAGCGAGCGUAGCGGCUUGAAACCCGUUAUUUACUGAUUACUUCUUGGCAGCCACCCCUACAUUGAGGUUGCUUAGCGCACAUGUACUAUACAGUCCUGUUACCAUGUAUUCUAGUUCAAUAAGAGGAAUGCUCUAUGUUGUAAAUACAUAUAUAUUUCAACCGUUUCCGAUAAUAAGAGUUAUGCGGUAUGAAACAUACAAAACGCAAAAGCUCAAUGUGAUGCGACACUGUUGUGUGAUUGUGCUUGUUAACGUUUCGCUCCUGCGUCAUUUGUUACGUCUUUGUUGCGUUCUGUUGCACUUUCUAUAUUUUUUUUCUGUCGCUGAUAGGCUUCACUAGGCUGGUGCACGGCGUUGUUUGAUGGCCUCUUCGUAAUCUCAAGCUUGCCUGCAACCUCAGUGCUUCUUCUACCGAAGUAGGCGGAAAUCCCUUGGUUCAACACAGCGCCGCAAUUGUGAAGGAUGUGGUGCAAAAAAAAAAAGUUACACGAAAUCAUAAUCCGGCCAACUUUCAAGAGGAAGGCUGUUGUUCUUAUUUGGAGUGACUAAAAAAUAAAGAGAUACAUGCACGUACUCGCUAUAGUUUGCGACUUGUUUGGUUUUUUGCGAUUGUCUGGUAUUGCAUACAUUAGUGGUGCAGGUCUAGGCAUCUCUCCUUUAUGCCUCUCUCACUUUCUGUCUGGUAUUACAAUGCCUUACGUCAGCGCUAUUUUUUUGCGUGCCUGUGUGUCCGCGCGCGUGCGCAGAACUGCUUUAAGGUCCGCUUACUGACCGAUGUAUUGUGGUUUCUUACUAAAGAGUACCCCUACUUAAGAUAAAUCCAAGAAAAUUUCUAUUCCUUAAAUACCCUUUGAACAUCAAUGCAUUUUCCUAUUUGUCUUGAUCAUUCUGAGCGAGUGCCAUCAAACAUCGCAAGAGAACGCACAUAAUACGCAAAACUAAGUGCAAUAUAUAUGUCGCACAAACUAGUUUUCCGUGUUGCAGUACUAAAUUGUUCCAUUAUCCUCAAGAAAACGACAAGUUCAGCCUUCUCAAAUCUAUCGUUACAAUUAGUAGAUACAGCGUCAUUAACCAUGUCGCUAAACCCACAUCGCUCUACAGCGAUCCUUGACAGUGAACGAUUAACUCGAUCGCUGUUUAUUUUUAGCCCUGUAAAAAAAGUUUCCGCGGUGUUAAAUUGAAGCUUUGCAACCAUCGUCCUGCAAAGCCGAAAAAAAGUCCAUGUGGAUAUUCGAUUUAUUUCCAAUGAGAAGUCACAUACGACGUAUACCGUAGAUGGCAGUAGCAAUCAUUUCGUGCUGUCUUAAGACGCCACGCGUUCCGCUUAGGUUAGUAAGCACGAGAAGUUUGACGUUUUGGGACGAAUUAUCAUGUUUUGUUGGCGAAGCAGCUGACACCUGAUCACACUCUUGAGUACUUUCAAGAUUCACCUCAUCUGUAGAAGGCAAAUGCUUGUGCAGAAGGCUUUUAUUUCCUAGAAGAAAGGUGCCCUCAUCACGCAGAUUUUUUAUCGUAAUAGAUAAUUUUCUUUGAAAGCUUACCUAACUAAAGCAGCUGGGGAAUUGAGCGAUAACUCACGCGCCAAUAUCAGUUCCAGAAAAAAAUCCAAGGUGGUGACAUGCGUCAGUAAGCUUGCAUAAUAUCAACGAGGGCUGAUUCUUGCCAAUUCGCUCUAAUCAUAACUUACAGCUCAAGUCAUGCCCCGUAGGUGGCUCGAGGCUAGUACGAGUGACAAGGUAUAUUAAGGAUGAUGUCACAAACUAGCAGGGUGCUAUCCCUCCUUUUCCCUCCCUCCCUCCCUCCCUCCCUCCCUCCCUCCCUCCCUCCCUCCUUCUCUCAUUUUGUUCUGUCUCAUUUUCUGACAUAUCGCCACUUGCGCUCAAACUAAUCUAGUCAAAACUAAUAAUUGGCAACGUCCUUGGCUUUACGUGAGGGUUUGGGUGGCAAAACUACCUUCGAUUUCAGUGGCUGCAAGAUGCAUUCGUCUCCAUACAAAAAUGGCGCUGGUAAUGUUCCGGUUAAAGGUUGCCAGGAUGCGACAGUAUAGUCGUGCAGGCGUUCAGCCAUCAUAUUCACCAGUUCGCUUCCUUUUCUUGGGACCAGACUGUCUUAAUAUCUUUCUUUCCUUUUCUUUUCAUUUUGACACCCUUUCUGAUCGCUGGGUGUUUGCAAUCGUUCGCGCGGCAAACCACAUCUAUCGCGAACGAGCAGGUGGCAGUAAACGCACAGCAGAUCCUGGCGUAGGCUCUCGCAGUAUGUGUGACAGGAAUCAUUAGUGGUAAAUUGGGGUUAGCGGUAAAGAAUGAUUGCUGUGGCAUGGUUAUGGCCGCCUUCGGUGGAUUAGGAGACGAUUGGGCUGGUCGCUUGAUAAGCCACGUUUAGUGACAGCUCGCACGGUUAUACAAGCAGUGGAUUCACCGUGUGCUUACUGCGAGUUCAACAUAUAAAGGUGACUCAGUUUUCCACAUGACUCAUCCAUGCUGCUUUCGUAAAGAUAGCAGACGAACAGCUCUUGCAAUGCAAUCCAAUGGAAAUGUUCGUGUUGAGGGACUUGGGAUGCGUUCGUAUACAAGGCGGCAGCAGUCUUGUUUAUCGAACAAAAUUUUAUUCGUGGGAACAGUGCGCGAAAAUGACAUUACAAUAUCAUAUUAUGCCCCCAAAUGUGCGAAAUAUACUCUGAGGUUUUUUUCCUUCGUUGGAGCGGCUGCUCGCUUACUCAGGCCGACCAGGUCGCCAGUCCCGAGUCAUUGCGCGUUCCGAGAAUGGGAUUACUCCUAUCUGCGUUAGCUGCGCGUUAUUCAAGUUCGCUUUGCUAAAUUUCAUCAAGGCAUUCACUCAUAUUAAAGCGCGCACAGGCUUGCGACAUUAUCUUGCAUUUCGUGCUUUAAUGUUGCUUCUUUUCUUGUUACGCCUACCUACACUGGUGCUCGCGAAAAAAUCUUACCUACGCUCACUAAAGAGCAGAAAAAAAAACCCUGCGGCAAGUGCGUUAGGCUUGCGCAAAUAUUGACUCUCCGUUGAACCCUUAUAUAAUCAGUCACAAAUGUAAUCAUUGCUCUUUCGAAGCGUGUUUCAGUAGGUUCACCGUCGUUAAGACUGUGUGCUGAACAAAUCCUAAUGUAAGUCCCUAUAUCUUUUCCCGCUGCGACUUCUCCCAUAUGUAGUGGCGGAUUCUGUGCAGCUACUGUGCUGAUUACACCUUAAUUGCACGAUCUAACCACAAAGAUCAUCUCUGUUUUGUCCUUUGACUAAGGAUUUGAAGGUGUUUCUUUCGUCGAAUAUCUCAAUUUAACGGGCACCCCAGACAGUGCCAAGCAGUGGUAAUGAUGACAUACUUAAGAGAGGCUGCAAGAAUUUUAAAGAAGAGAUUUCUCAAUGUUCUUUGUUGGGAAUAGGUUUUGAGACAUUUGGAAAAUUAGAAAUCAUUUCUUGUAUGUAAGUGCCAAAAAACGUUACACCCGAUAACUUGCAGCGUAAUUUUCUAUGUUCAGUCCUAAUAAUUGUGGAAUGUGAGUAACGGAAAAAAAAAUCAUAUCCGGUGUUAUUGUCUACUGUUAUUUCGUUCCUUGUGCUGUUUGCUGUGCAACCUGCAAAAAAGAAGGAUUGUUCAAAAUGAUGUCGCCAUUAAUAGACACACAAAUAGGUUUCAUGUCAUCGAAAACAACCUCAAAAUGUCAUUUGAGUGGCCCUGAAUGGAGUGAAAUAAAAAUGGUAACGACAUA